AUGUGGCAGCAAGACAACACCGGUCCAUACAACGCCCCCGCCUCGACCUCCUACUACACCCAACAAGAGCCCCUGCAGUUCUAUUCUCAACCCCAAGAUUAUUAUGCCGCUUCACGAACAAGUCUCGAUGGUCAAGUACAGGGCGCUAUGGCUCAGCAGCCAGCUGGGUUCGGAGGCAAUAUGCAAACGCCGGGGGCGUGGUGGACGGCCUUUGGUACUGGUGGGUUCGAGGGGGAGCCUCCACUACUAGAAGAACUCGGCAUCAAUUUCCAGCACAUACGCGAUAAAUCGCUGACCGUGCUGAACCCUCUGCGCGGCAUUGACGAGCACAUCAUGGACGACGCUGACCUGGCAGGCCCAGUGUUCUUUUGUUUUUGCUUCGGCAUCUGUCUCCUACUUUCCGGAAAAUCGAAUUUUAAUUACAUCUACGGUGUCGGCCUUUUUGGAUCUGCCUCAAUAUACACCCUUCUCAACUUGAUGUCUGAGAAAGGCAUCGACGCGUAUCGCGUUGGCUCAGUUCUUGGUUACUGUUUAUUACCAAUGGUUGGAGUAGGUGCAAUAAGUGUUCUAGUCGCGCUAGAUGGGAUGUUUGGAUACAUAUUAUCUACCCUAUCCAUCCUAUGGUGCACGUACGCUGCCUCGGGCAUCUUCGUCGUCGUUCUGCGCAUGUCUGAUCAGAGGCUGCUGGUCGCGUACCCAAUUGGCCUAUUAUACGGAUGUUUCGCUCUCCUCACUAUCUUCGAUGGAAAACCGUAG